CGGUCCCUGCCCGAGACGAGCGGCUCUGUCCUCGGGGUCGCCGGGAGUCCGCCGCAGGAGUGGCGGGCCGCCAUCAGAGGUUGAAUUAUUCCUAUUACUUAUUAGCCAUUUUAUAAAGGUAAAGAGUAAAAAAAACAAACAAAAAAAAACCCCAAAACACGAUGUCUGAUGAAGUUUUUAGCACAACUUUGGCAUAUACAAAGAGUCCAAAAGUCACCAAAAGAACUACUUUCCAGGAUGAACUAAUAAAAGCAAUUACAGCUCGCUCAGCCAGACAAAGGAGUUCUGAAUACUCAGAUGACUUUGACAGUGAUGAGAUUGUUUCCUUAGGUGAUUUUUCUGACACCUCAGUAGAUGAAAAUUCAGUUAAGAAAAAAAUGAAUUAUUUCCAAAUAUCAGAUGAUGAAGAAAAGAAUUCUCCAAAACUGUCUUUUUUGAAAACCAAAAAAUCAAACAGUGACAUAACAAAAGAUAAGCCAGUAUUCGCUGUCAAAAACGACGAGGAAACGGCACCAGAUGGUUGUGAAGACAUGGUUAUAAAUGCCUUAUCCGAAUCUCAAAAUAAAGACCAAGCAAUUGAAAAAGAGAAAAUUAAAAUGAAACUUAAACCCAGAAUUCUUCCAGUCAAAAACACAUCUUCAGCAGAAAACAGCAGCAGCCUUGAGGCAGACGACCACUUUAAGCCUUCGCCUCGGCCAAGGAGCAUGUUGAAAAAGCAUAGCCUCAGGGAGGAGAAAGAUGGGCCAGGAGAAGAUAAAGAAACUGCUCUCCAUGAAGAAUCAGAGGCACAUUCUGCACCUUCGUCCCUCCCAAGGCUGAAUGGAAGACAACUAGAAGCUGAGAAAAAAGCAUUCUCUGAAAACCUUGGUCCUGAGGAUCCAAGCCUAUCAUCGUCAUCCCUUAAAGAAGGUCUUGGAGAUUCCUUUUCACCAGGAUCUGAGGAAAAAGCAUCCGUAAAAGAUCAGAAGGAAGACUUAACUGAAAACCACAAUUCUUUGAAGCCAAGUGAAAAUGAAGAGAAUUCAUCUUUGAUAGACUUUGUUACUCCUGCACUUGAAAAAUGCAAGGAAAAUCAAGUGACUACUGAUGACCUUGAAGAAGAAAAGGAGAAAACUGAACUGAUUAUGAAUGAUGACUUAGCAGUUGAUCCACCACUAUUGAAAUCUCAGAGUGUCUUAAUAUCUAGCAAUGCAACUGAAUCUGCAAAGAAAACAAUUGAAGAUAGAAAUAUGAAGAAUAAAAAGUCAACAAAUAAUAGAGCAUCCAGUGCAUCUGGCAGAUUAAUGACUUCUGAGUUUUUAAAGAAAUCUAGUUCUACAAGGAAAACUCCAUCCGCAACUACCUCUUCUCACUAUUUAGGGACUUUGAAAGUCUUAGACCAAAAGCCCUCACAGAAACAGAACAUGGAACCUGACAGAGCAGAUAACAUAAGGGCAGCUGUUUAUCAGGAGUGGUUAGAAAAGAAAAAUGUAUAUUUACAUGAAAUGCACAGAAUUAAAAGGAUUGAAAGUGAAAACUUAAGGAUCCAAAAUGAACAGAAAAGAGCUGCUAAGAGAGAAGAAGCAUUAGCAUCAUUUGAGGCCUGGAAGGCUAUGAAAGAAAAGGAAGCAAAGAAAAUAGCUGCGAAAAAAAAGCUCGAGGAAAAAAACAAGAAGAAAACUGAAGAAGAAAACGCUGUGAGAAAAGGAGAAGCCCUACAAGCUUUUGAAAGAUGGAAAGAGAAAAAGAUGGAAUAUCUUAAAGAGAAAAAUAAAAAGGAGAAAGAAUAUGAAAGAGCAAAGAAACAGAAAGAGGAGGAAACUGUUGCUGAGAAAAGGAAAGAUAACUUAACUGCUGUUGAAAAAUGGAAUGAAAAAAAGGAAGCUUUGUUCAAAGAAAAGGAAAAAGAGAAAAUAAAUGAGAAAAGAAAGGAAGAACUGAAAAGAGCUGAGAAAAAAGAUAAAGAUAAACAAGCCAUUGAUGAAUAUGAAAAAUGGCUGGAAAAGAAAGAAAGGCAGGAAAGAAUUGAACGAAAACAAAAGAAACAUCAUUCCUUUCUUGAAAAUGAGGCACUUCCUCCAUGGAGCCCUCCAAGCAGAACUGUGUUCUCAAAAGCGUUUUGAUAAUUCUAAUUCUUACGUUUAGUUAUUUAUCAAUUUACCAAUUUUAACCAUGGGUUUAAAACUAUUCAUUCAAUUAUUUAUCAUUAGAGGAGUCUGUUUUAAUUAAAUGCCAACUACUUCUGCUCACAGUGAAGAAGAUGCUUUGGAGUUUAACCAUUGAAAGCAUUUUUUGAACUGUAGAUAACCUGCCUCAAAUGAAAAGCUAAUAAUCAGAUUGCUUUUACUAUUAAUACAUAACCUUUAUCAUAUCCUGAUAAUUCUUACAGUCAGAUGAUCCAUGAUCACUGUCACUAAGCUGUGCAUGUUAUUUAAGUAUGUUUAUUCCCAGUACUAAAAAGGAAACCAUCUAGGUACCAUAAUCAUAGAAAUAAUUGAAUAUGUGACUAAUUAUGCAUCUAGGUUCAGGUUUUAAAAUGAAUAGUUGCUGGGGAGUAUGCAUAUAUUAUUUCUCCUAAAACUGAUCUUUAGCUGAAAGCAGUUGCAUUUGCACUGUGUAAGGUAGAAUUUUGAUCAAUUGAGGCAGUAGUUGAGUAGAACUGUAAUUGUCGAGGCAUUUUAUUUAAGAAUUUUGCCUUACAUUUUAUAUGAGUGUGCUUUAUGUGUUCCAGGCUUACAUGACAAUCAUAGGCACUUUAUAAUGAAAUUUGUCUUUCUAAAUUCUGUCUCACUUUAUUAUUUCAGUGUUACCAAAAGAUAUUCAUUUCAUGGUAGUGAUAUACUUACACAUUAGUCAAGGUCACUAUCACUAUUAUUACUUUCCAGACUAAAGCCAUAAAGGUGAUAAAGGCAGUUUUUGUCCUCUUAACUAAUCCAGUGUCUUGUAGCUUAUAUUUAGAAGACAACUGUAUGGGAAGGUAAUUUGUAGACAUUAUCCAAAGAAUCUAUAUUUAUUUAUUUGAUCUCUGCAUAUCCUUGUAUUAAUUGGACUCAUACUUGAACUGGUCAGCUAGUUUAGCACAGACCAAAUGUAUGCUCUCGCAAUUGAAAUGCUACUUUAACCAAUGAUGCAAUGCAAUGAUGGAUGAGAAUAAACAGUUACUAUAUUAAGCACCAUUGUAUCCUCUAUGCUGGAUCUUUCCAAAUGUUAUUUCUCAUCUUUACAACAAUCAUUCAAGGUAGGUGUUAUUAGCCUCACUUUGGAGUUAAAAAUACUGAGACUCAGAGAAAUCAAAUAACUUGCCACACAUUUAGCAUGUGACUGAAUUGGGAUUAGAACUGAUUAAGUCUAUCUCCCUCCAGAAUCCAUAUGCUCCUGUUCAUGCUCUCAGGUGGCCUCAGAGAACUGUAAGUUGUGUCAAGACCUCUGUAUUAUAGUAACCUUAUGAACACAUUUUACCUCUCAGAUCCUAAAAAUAAAAUCAUGUAUUAACUAUCUAGAGAUUAUCUUUCCCUUAAGAAAUAGCCAUUUGUUAUUAGAGAUGGUAAACCUCAUUAGAUCUAUAAAAUGAAAAAAGAAUUCAUAAUAUUUAAGGAGUUAGUCACGCGUCUUGUAUCUAGUAUUAGAAUGUCAGAAGACCCAGGAGUUCGUGGAACAUAGGCUUUGAGAUGCUCACUCAGGAGGUUUCACACUCUGAGAUUAACCUUCCUGCUGCAGUGUGUGUGCAAGAAAGAUGUCAUUGAUCACUUUGUGAGAUCACAAUACUGCUAUAGAUAAAUAGUAGAAAUUUUGUAAAUAAAACUAGAAGCCUUGUUAUGUUGCCGAAAGUAGAAUACUUCAUGAAAUUGUAAUUAUUACCAACAGUGUAUAUUAUCAGCAGGGGAUUUAGGGCCUCUCUUAUUCAUCCCUGUGUCCCCCAUAGCACCAAAUGCAAUGCCUACCAGGAUAGAUUAAGUGCUUAUUGUAUCCAAUUAGCUAUUCAGAGCUAAGAAGAUAUUUGCAAAUUCCAGGGAAGUAAAAGGAAAAAUAGAAAAAAGUACAACUACUUUUGGUAAGAUCAUAAAUUUCACAGUAAAUAUUUACUUGAACUUCUGAUUAUUUUCUUCUACAUUAUUGUAUUUAGUGGGUUAUCAUUAUCACCUCUUAGUUGUAAAAAUUGAGUGGAAGUAGAUAAUUAAUGUAAAAUAUAUGGCACAUGGUAAAGAAUAAAUGUUCAUUGUUUUCAGUUAUUUACUACCACGAGCCCUACAUUUCCCCACUUCAUGUAUGUGAAAAGAAGGUUAACACAGAUGUGGUUGAUAAUGGUUAUUUGACUUCUUGAGCGUACAAGAAGAAAUCUCUGCUUUCCUGGCUAGUCUAGGCUGUAGCACUCAGAAUAUAGAAGUUACCUGUAUUAGAGACCUCCUAUAAAGUAAUCUAAGUACUCAUUUCUUGGUGUUGCUUGUGAGGUAGGAUGUAAAGGGAAAUUGAGAUGUUUCAAAGACCCAAUAAGUCAUUUCCCUCAAGUGGGGAUUUUUGUCUUACUGUCAUAAAUAAUAUAUUAUUUCCUGUUUACAGCAACCUGUGCUGAUUCAAUUAUCUAGUUGAAUGAAAUCACCUCUUCUCCUUUGGCAAAAAUAAAUCUGAGUUUUGGGAGCUGGGUGAAAAUAUAGUCCUGUUUACUUCCUGAGAUCCAAAGGGGAGAAUCAAGCCUGGUAGUAUUCUCUUGAAUAUAUUUAUCUACUUAAGGGGUAUGAUUUCCCCAUAUUUCCUUAAAAAGUGUCAAAUAUCAAUAUAGAUAUUUGCUCAUUAACUUUUCAUUAAUUUAUAAUAGGGAAUUUUAAUUCAAAUUAAGGACGCUAAAAGCCUAUAGAUUUUCAGAUUAAACUUCUAGUUUUGUAAACUGUACUGAUCACUUGAAUACUCACACUUCAAAGUAAAGAAAAUAGGAAUUUAAUGAAUAUUUUAAAACAUUACUGUAAAGAACAAUUUCCCUAGAAAUUUAAAUAUUAAUACUAAAAAAAUAAAUUUUAUACAGAAUUUAAGUUCCAUAAGAACCAAGAAAAUAAUAGUGUUGCAUAAAUAAAAAGAAACGGUAUGGCAUUUUAGAUCAAAAGAAGGUUGAAGUUUUCCUAAUGAAAGAAAAUAAGAACUGUUCAGGGAUAACAACAUUCCAGUGGUUUGUAUCUCAUCACAUCUAAAAAUGUUAGUAGUUCAUUUAUUAUUUUAAAUAUUAUUAAACUGAUAUUUUUAUCUGUUGCCAAAGCAGGACCUGAUAGUAGUUAGGUGUUCACAGUUGUAUGUACCUUAGAGUGAUGUAACUCUGCAUCUGAAAGGAAUUUUAACAUUUUAAUAAACCUGGCCCAAACUCUAUUUUUAGUUGAAGAAACUGAUUUCCAAAGACUUGGACUUGCUCAAGCUCACAUACACAACUAGGUAUAAGUCUAUAAUUAGAACUCAGGUAUCAGGCUUCCCAGCUGCACCCUGCCCACCAUUCCACAAUUUUGAUAAUCUGAUAAACCUUUCACACUAACUUUUUUAACUAGUGGUCAUUAUUGAUUUAGCUGACUUGUAUCCUCUCAAAUGUUCCCUUAUUCUCUCACUGCCUUCCCAUAACUAUCCACCAGAUCAAAGCUGGUGGGGCACCUACACUCCCACUUAAGGUGUGGGGAAAUAAUGAAGUUUCUUAAAUCCUGAGUCAUGGACUAAGAUACCAUAGAGAAAACGAAUUUCAAAAAUGGGAGAAAUUGCAUGUUAGUCAAAAUAGUUCCCAAGAAUAAACUAGUACAUGAAACAAAUUUCCCUGAUUUAAUCUUGGCUCUGAUUUCAAUAGUGCUAUAUUACAAAGUAUUUAAACUCAUGUACUUCCAUUCUACACAAAGCAAAGAUAUUAUCAAUUUUCCUGCUUCCUAGGUACAUUGGCUGACAGAAUAAUAAAUACUAUGUAAAUGCUUAACUUGAGACUUCUCUGAAUUCUUUUUACUUUAAAAUUUCAUGGGAUUUGAUUAUUUUGAAACAUAUAUGUUACAUGUAGUUGUAUAAUGUUAACUUGUGUGAACUAAAUUCUUGGUAUUGAAUUGAGGAUGUUUUAAGAAUUGUUCGAGAUGUACUUAAUGUCUGCUUUUUAGUAGCAUAUUUUCAUGUAAUGCUUAAUUAAAGUGAAUCAUUCAAGAUUUAUUGGGUGAUAUUAUUUUUUGACUAUGCCAAAAUUUCAUUUCAUGAUGAUAGGAAAUGUGGUAUGAGUUUUAUUUGUGGGCUAAAGAUGAAAUAAUCAUAUUUUGUUGAUACACCCUUGAGUAGAAACGACUGAAAGUUUGGAUAUAAAACUUUUUUUUUUACUUAGAACACUACACAAAUUACAAAAGUAAUGUAAUUAUAUGUAAGUAUCAAAUAAUUAGAAAAUGCAAAUAGCAAAAAUUACUCACACUUUCAUCUCCCAAAGACAAUCAUAGUUAACGUAUUAUGUACUCUUCCAGUGCAUUUUCCCCUAUAGCUAAAAUUAAGCUGAGAGUGAAAAGGGUAGAGAUACAGUUCCCUCUGUCUCUGUCUGUCUAUCUCUCUCCCAUGCUACCUAUAUUUGUACA